AUGGACGCUGCGACCAUCGAGGAGACGAACCGCAUCCGCGUGUCGCUGGGCAUGAAACCUUUGCCAGUGCCUGGCGCCGCACCUGCUGAAUCACAACCAGAGAGAUCCGCUUCUGGCGACGGAGAAGCUCCGAGCACCCUUGAGAGCCGCCAGGCGCAAGCAUACGACAACUAUAAACAAGUUCGGGAUGCCGAAGCUGCAAAGCGCAAGCGAGAGGAACGAGCAGCCGCCGCAAAGAGGGAAAGAGACAACGCGCAGCGAUUCGCAAGCUUGGAAGGCAAAGGUCUUGGCGAGGCUGACGAAGGCGGCGACGUCGACGCAAAGGCAUGGUUGAAGGCGCAGAAGAGGCGACAAAAGGCAAUUGAAAAGGCAAGGAAACUGGAAGAGGAGCAGGCUGCUGCUGAAGCGGCUGCACUCGCGGCUGUCGAGUAUACCUCCAAAGAUUUGGCCGGUGUGAAGGUUGCACAUGAGCUGGACAACUUCCUUGACGGAGAUGAACAAAUCUUGACAUUGAAGGACUCAACUAUCGAUCAAAAUGAAGAAGAAGGCGAUGAGCUGGAGAACUUGGACCUCAAGGCACGGGAAAAGCUGCAAGAAACACUUGAUUUGAAAAAGAAGAAGCCCGCAUACGACGUCCACGCAUCAGGUGAAGGAGACGAGCGUGGUAUUCUGUCUCAAUAUGACGAAGAGAUCUACGGCAAGAAAGGCAAGAAAUUCACACUUGACGGAUCUGGGGCGAUAGCGGAGCUAGCCGAUAUCCUGGGAGAAGCGUCCGAAAAGUCGAAGAAGCUACAAAACAUCAAUCUUGACGACGUUGCUGAAGCCACUCCGACCUCAGACUAUCUCGACAUAUCUGAGAUCAAAGUCAAGAAGCCCAAAAAGAAGAAGUCGAAGUCCACAAGGCAGAAGCCAGUUGCCGAGGAUGACAUCUUCCCUAUUGACGUCGCACCGACCAAUGACGAUUUGAUGGACGUCGAUUCUGGUGCGACUAUCAACAAGAAGAAGCGUAAGAUUGAGGACGAUGUCUUCGUCGAUGAUGAGGACUUGCAGGCAUCCUUGGCAAUCCAGCGCAAGAACGCUUUGAAGAAGAGGAAGAAGACUCGCCCCGAAGAUAUCGCACGGCAGCUCAAGGAGCAGACCGACGAGCCAGACAAUGAAACAGCAAACGGCGGUGUUGUGAUAGACGAGAUCUCCGAGUUUGUGUCAGCAUUGAAGAAGCCUGAUGAGGAGGAGGAGCGGAAGGUGAAGAAACCCAAGGCGGCUGAGGAAUCUGUCACAGCAAUGGAUGACUCAGGUGACGAAGACCACCCGAUGGGCGAUGAUUCAUAUGAACAACGCGAAGGCUCUCUUGACAGAGCAAGGGAAACCUCUACAGAUAUUGCCACAACUGGUGUCGACGAAGAGAAGACAAUCAGUGCCGGCAUUGGCUCAGCUUUGUCGUUGCUGAGAGAGCGUGGUAUCCUGAAGGACUCUCACGGAGCCGAGCUGAACAUGAGCGAUAGGCAGAGGGCGGAGUUCUUGGCGGAGAAGAAGCGCAUUGAGAGAGAGCAAGACGAGCGUGCCAGGAUGCAGCGUGAACGCGACAGAAACAGCGGCCGACUGGAUGCCAUGUCCGUCAGAGACAGGGAGGAGCGCGCCCGACAAGCUAACGCGCACCGUGAACUGCAACAGUCUCGUGUUGUCGACGAACUCUUCAAGAAGCACUAUAAGCCUAAUGUGGAGCUCAAGUAUACGGACGACCACGGCAGAUCCCUCGACCAGAAGGAGGCUUUCAAGCAUAUGAGUCACCAGUUCCACGGCAAGGGCAGCGGCAAGGGUAAGACCGACAAGCGACUGAAGAAGAUUGAAGAAGAAAAGCGACGCGAAUCCCAGAGCGUCCUUGACGCGAGCGAGAACGCGAGCAUGAGUUCAUCAGCGGCGAAGCGGCGCGAGGCCGGUGUUCGAUUACAAUAA